UCUAUCCUUGAUCCCCGAUUUGCCUCGUAAUUACGACGCCGGCCCUGCCGCUUCCCUUCGUCUGUAGCAUUUGCCCUUCCGAUCGCGAAGGGAAGAGCAGCUGCUCCCUCAUCUCCUCUCGGAGAAUGAUAGGAGCGAAACCCUAAUUUUCGAUCAAAUUCCGAGGUUUCUCUCUUUUUUAUUUUUCGUCAUAUUCGUGCAACCAAGCAUUUCCUGGCAUCGGAUUGGCGGUAUCAUUCGGAUUUGUGGGUUGGUGUUCUAUUUCGUCGCGACAUGGGGAGCUGAGUUGAUCUCUCGCAGGCUUUGGGAAAGGGGGGUUGUUAGGGGCGAAGAGGAGGGAGGUAUGCAUAGGGAUCGGGGAGGGAGUGGGUCGAGGGUGGAGACUGGAGCCUCAUAUCGUAGGCGGAUCAAUGGCGCCCUCGACAAACACCUGGAGAGAUCGUCAACGGCGACGUCGAAGGUCUUGAACCGCAGGGAGAGGGAUAGGCUGUCGGUGCCGUCCACCUCUUCCGGAAAGCACCUCGAGGACCAAGACCAGCGUUCUGCUUCUCUUUCCAAAAACAAGUACUCAGAUGUCAUAUUUAUACGUGUAAGCUUUCUGACGAUGCUUUCAUUACUAUUCCUGGAGCCGCAAAAAGAAUCAGAAACAGAUAGUGAAGAGUCAGAUGUCAGUGGUUCUGAUGGGGAAGACACAUCUUGGAUUUCAUGGUUCUGUAAUCUAAGAGGCAAUGAGUUCUUCUGUGAGGUUGAUGAUGAGUACAUACAAGAUGAUUUUAACUUAUGUGGUCUAAGCAGUCAAGUACCCUACUAUGACUAUGCUCUUGAUCUAAUCUUGGAUGUGGAGUCUUCCCAUGGUGAUUUGUUUACUGAAGAACAAAAUGAGUUAGUGGAAUCAGCAGCUGAGAUGCUUUAUGGUUUAAUUCAUGUCAGAUACAUAUUAACCAGUAAAGGAAUGGCUGCAAUGCUAGAAAAGUUCAAGAACUAUGAUUUUGGAAGAUGCCCUCGAGUUUACUGCUGUGGCCAGCCUUGCCUUCCUGUUGGCCAAUCAGACAUCCCUCGAUCCAGUACUGUGAAAAUAUAUUGUCCAAAAUGUGAAGAUAUAUAUUAUCCUAGGUCGAAGUACCAAGGCAGUAUCCUUUUCUAGCAAUCAUUUUAAAGUGAAAAUAGCUUUCAAAUCUGAAAUACUUGUUAAUUUUGUUUACAUCAUGAUAAGCUGCUUUCUAAUUUGUAUUCAUGCUACUCGUCGCAUGUAUAAAUCAAAUAUAUAUUCAAGUUCGAAGUAACAUGUUCCAAUCAAAUCCAAGAUAUUCUAGGAUUUCAUUUGGAUUUUAAUCUGGUCAUAUCCUGAUCUGACAUGAAUUGGUACUACGACUAUAGCAAUAAGCCAUAGUUCCCAACUAUAUGAGGUUAGCUACAUUGAUCCUAUUGUGCCAUUGAGCUUUGCUGAGGGACACUAGUCAAAUAUAUGUUCAAGGGCUAUCACAUCCAUUACAAAGGGCCAUCAUACCCAUUAUAUUGUUUCUGGUGAGGUGUUUGUUGUCUUCUAUUUUCUCAUGGACCAUUAAUCUGAACUAACUUGCAUGCACUUUCAUAGCUAUCCAAUUCCACUUGAAGUUGAAUUAAUGGUUUAACCCAUACAUCAAUGUAUCUGAUUAUCAUUUUGUGCUGUUGAUAAUAUAUGUGAUUAUGGUUAAAUUGCAUCAUUUGAGUUGUUAAUUGUACACAAAACUUACUAUAUUUACAUAUACCUACAUGACUUUUCCAUUGUGUAAUUAGCUAAUACAAUUCCAAGAAGAUCUUUUUAACUCGACAGCUGGACAGAUCAACUAAAACAAACAUUGAUACAACCUGAAUCAAUCGUAAAGAAAAUGCGGUAUACGAAGAUUUAUUUUCAUGACCUGGUCCAUUAUAAGAAUUUGUUUGCAUUAUGCAAAAUUAGGGUCAAGCCUGAUGGUCUUGCAAGUCUUACAUGGAUGAAUAUGUUUAUCCUAUCAAAUUCCCUUUCAGAAGUCAAAAAUCAAUAUUUGAAUGUUAGUUGGCCCACACACACACAUAUAAUUGGAGGGAAGAACUCAUACUACCCGUGUAAGUUGCCUUUAGAUAAGUUUGUUGAACUUUUCUUGACUUUGUUAGAUGUUGAUGGAGCCUACUUUGGAACAACAUUUCCUCACCUGUUUCUGAUGACUUAUGGACACCUGAAGCCGCAAAA